GACGUGCGGAAGCAUCAGCAGCACGCGCCGAUGUGGGUGAUCCCGAUCGCAGACGUGCUGACGAUGGUUGGCCCUCCUCCUAGCCACCAGAAGCUCAUGGAGCAGGGCCGUUUAGUGGAAUGCAAGUUGGACUUCCUGGUGAUCUUCGUGUCGCACCAGUGGCUGGGCCUGCGACACCCAGAUAGCGCUGGCGAGCAGCUUCGAGUCCUGCAGGACGCGCUGCGGAAUAUCACGAGUGGCAACUUGCAGGUGGAGAAUGAUGUGAUGUCCCAGAUGACUCUCAAGUUCCGCAAGCUGUCACCGGCAGAAAGAGAUCGACUUGCCCAUGCCUACAUCUGGAUGGACUGGUUUUGUGUGCCGCAGAUCUCGCAGGUGGAAAGUAUGCACUCUGAUGCAGGGCUGGUCUCCACCGCACAGGAUGCCUACAACUGCAUCCGCUCCAUCCCGUUCUACGUGGACACCUGCGAGAUUUUCGUGGCGCUGGUUCCGAAGGCGCUUCACAACAACCUGGGCUGCGAGUGCAGUUAUCGAACCUGGCUGAGGCGUGGCUGGUGCCGUACAGAGAUGUGGUGCAAGCUGCUGUCUGAGAAGAGCACCAUCCCAAUCGUCGUGAUUUCUGGUGGCGAGAAGGCGGAGUUCAUCUCCCCCGUGCGUUGGGUGCACUACCCUGUUCACCAGGGAGACUUCACGGUGGAGGCGGACCGGUGCUCUUGCAACGAGAUUGUGCGAACCGCCCUGGACUUCAAGUUAGCUGGCUUGCGCAACGACCCCAAGAAGAUUGACCUCUACAGGUACUACAUGUCCCGCUACGAGGACUUCUGCGGCCAGCCAACACGCGGACGGACCUUGGGCGAGUUUCUGAGCCGAUACAAGUUCCCAAACCUUCUGGCCGCCAUCAGGCAGAAGAAAGGCAUGGGUGCGGUUGCCUGCGCGGUUGGGUCCGGAGACACCGAGAUGAUCACCAACAUGGUCCAAGCUGGGGCGCCCAUAGACACAAGGUUUCCGGACAUGCCAGAGGUGGAUUUGUGGGCCGGCUUCACGCCACUCUUCCUGGCCGCCAUGCGCAGCUUCAUUUGCGAAGACACCCUGCUGCAUCUCCUGCGCGAGAAGGCCGAUCCCAACGCCACCUGCGCCAUCGGCACGGUCGCGCUUGGAACCUGCUACACCGCGAGCGCUGUGUCGCUGAUGGUGGCGCAGCGCGCCGACGUCAACAUCUGUCUGCCGCCGAGCAAGUGCUCCCCACUUUCAACCCUCACUGGUCGCGGCGCUCAGCCAAAGGCGGUGGCUACACUCAUCGCACUCCGCGGCGACGUGAACAAUAGAGGUUGCACGCCUUUGACUACACUCGCUUUCAUGUACCAGGGCCACAUGCAUGCGCUGGAGACGGCGCAGGUCCUUCUGGACGCAAAGGCUGAUGUGAACCUGGCACCCACGAACAGCGCGCUUUUCAAUGUUUUGGAGGGCCUCGCCCGGGCAUACACCACUGUUGCCAAGGAGCCGCCCUUCCUUGUGAAGUUCUUCUCGAAUGCCAGCAGCACGCCCUUGGGCUAUGCGUCCCUGUGCGGCAACGUCGAGUACGUUGACUUCUUGCUGCAAGCUCGCGCUGACACUCAGAAGCGAAAUAAGCGUGGCCAAACGCCCAUCGACCUUGCCAAGUCUGAGAAUGUGAGCCGGUCCUUUGAUCUCUUGGGACACCAUCCUGUCCACCAGCUCUUUGACGUGAACUCCCUCACUGCCGAGCUCCUCGAAGAGCGAUUCUGA